CCGGGAAUAGGCGGGUUGGGCGGAGGGGGCCGAAGGGUGGAGGACAGGUGGAGCGGGGAGGAAGACGUGGAGGACAGGGAAGUGACGACCUUGGUCAUCAAAGAGCAGCUUUCCAGCCUGCGGGAACUGAACCCGGCUUUCCACGCGAGCUGGGGGGAUGCCACGACCGAAUGGAAGGUGCGAGGAAGGACCUACAUGGCGGACGGGGUCAAGGUAGGGGGGCGGGCGGCCGAGCCACUCUGCGAACUGGUGCACAUGGAGCUUUUCGAGGUGGAGAGUGCCGGCCUUGUGCCCCGGGCGGACCACGUCACGGCCCUCUUUCAGAGGAAAGACGGGGUCUACUCGCGGUGUCAGCUUUUGGCCUCACAGCCCCCCCCGUUCUUGAUCAUUUUGAACUUUCAAGUACCGGGAAAUCCUCCGUGCAGCAUGAUGUGCUAUUUUGCUUUGUGUGGAGCGAGGAGGCAAGGUUUAGAGAAAGCGCGCGAAAGAGUGAGAAGACGGAAAGCGAGGGAGGGGGCGGUGGCGGCAGCAGAGAUUAUUGGCGAGGAGCAGGAGGAGGAAGAGGAGGAGGAGGAAGCAGAGGAGGAAGGGAUGGAGGACCUGGGGGACGGGGAGUGUGUGCAGGAAAAGAGGGAAGAAAAGAAAUUUCUGCGGCUGCUUGCGGAAUUUUUGGAAGGGGACGAUGAGGAGAAGAACCGGCGUUUCAAAUUGAUUCCGUCCAUCAUCGAAGGGCCCGCCUUGGUGCGACUGAUGGUUGGGAAUAAGCCCGUUUUGCUCGGGAAUAAGCUGACCCAACGGUAUUGGACAGGCCCCGGGUACUUGGAGAUAGGGAUCGAUAUAGGAAGCUCCGCCAUGGCCUCGCGGACGCUGGGUUUUGUGCGGGACGGGAGCAAGAAUGUGGUGGUGGAGUUGGCGGUCUUGGUCCAGGGGGAGGACGAGAAGGAGUUGCCGGAGAAAGUGUUGGGCUCCCUGAGGAGUUCGCGACUGGACUGGGGCCUGGCGGAAGGAUUGAAAGGCCGAUUGGAAGCGGCUGUCAUCGCUCGGACGCCCUCCGGCGAGACCUCCUAAAGAAAGGAAAGGACCGAGGGGCGAAAAGGUGCGCGCGGAGAAUGUAUAGUGAGGCUUUCAUUAUGGGUAUUUGUGUGUCUUUGCCUAUCAGAUAGAAUUACGUUGAGAGUGAAAUACUUCUCACUCACUGACUAGGGGGCAAGACUUAAAUGGAUAGGAUGACCAGGAAGAUACAAAGGAAUUACAUAUUUUAAGAAGCA